ACAAACUGCGGACAUUUUCAGUAGAUAUCUCCUUUUUUUUCGUAAUUUGGAAAUCAAAGGGUUACAAUGUGUUUACAGCUAACAAGAAUACAGCUGUCAAAAUAUGCCCAGUGAAACAGUGCCCAGUGAUGGGCGAUGCGAAUAGAUAUGCCACAACGACAGGGCAAUGACCAGAAGAACAUGAUCGCACGCUUGCCGUCUGCCUGACCUGUAGUUAAAGAUUAACCUACAGCCGUAGCCAAAAGUUUCGCAUCACCUAGAAUUUUAGGAUUGAGACAUCUUGUUAAAACAAAAAAAAAAUCGCACAGUGUAAUAAAUCACAGUAAAAGAACUGUAAAACAUAGGCAAGCAUAAAGACCAGAGAGGUAUGGUAGAGCAUAUUUAAAAACAUGCCAUGGUAAAUGAAUUGCUUAACCAAGGGGAAACUUUAAAAACUGCUGAGGUAAACUUCAACAAGGGCUGUUACUCUUUUAGAACAUAAAAAAAGUUUACGCGCAAGAGGAGGCUAUAUUUUGGGCAGCAGCUGGCUGAUCUCUUUGUCAAGCCGGUUCUUAAAGGAUCCCAGUGAUUCUGCCUCAACAACAUGACAGUCUCAUCCCCUCCCCACUCUCUGCGAAGCAGUGUCUCCUUCCCUCUGGCCGAAGUCUAUCUCCACAGUUUCUUCAUCUGCUCCCGGUUCUCUUUAACUAGAUCAACCCCUUUUAAGAUGUAAAGACUUCAGUCACAGCCUCCCUUUGAUUCUUCUUGGCUCCAGGUUAUAUUGUCUCACAUCUUUCUAUUCGUUUUGGUUAUUCAGUCCCGGGACUCUCUCGGGCAGCUACAGAGAAUGGUCACAAAUCAACCUCUGCUUAAUGUCUAGUAUCUGGGUUUGAGGGUUCGGUUUGGAUCACCCAUUUAUUUCGCUUGUGACCCGAUCAGCCGGAUUUAAACCCUGCCCUCCGGAGGUUUAAAGGGAAUAAAAACUCGACCCCAUCACCGAACAGAAGCUGAAACAGAGAAGCCGCCGCGUCUUGCUGCUAAGAGAAAUGAAGUUAUUCCUGGCCUGUGCCGUGCUCCUGUGUGCUGCCCUUCACCUCAGCCAGUCGCAGUGCUUGGAGGGUCUCGCCAGCAUGGAAUUGUCCGCAGAUGGUCAGUAUGUGGUUCCCACACACUGUACCGACCCCUUUGACAGCACCCCAUACCCAAUAGGUGCGGAGUGGAGGACUGGAGCCUGCAUGAAGUGCUUGUGUGAGGGGGGCGGGUUCCGAUGCUGUCCUGUUGAGGUGACGAGACCGCCGGGGGUCCCUGAAGACUGCGUGCUGCUGUUUGACGAGGAGAGCUGCGAGUUCAAGGCAUUCAGUAUCAAUGACCCCUCAGAGUCCUGCCCUCUGUAAGUGGGUUGGAGGCUGGCAGUGACGCCAGAGACGCCUCCUUCGUGCACUGAGAGCUCUUACCCUGCCAACAAUCAAUAAACCUGGAUUCAAAACCUGCCUGGGUUUUAUUAUA